AUGCGGCUCGACCUCGGCCCUCCGCAGCGCGGCGCCCGCCCGCCGGCGCCCGCUCCCUCCAAGCGCGUCCUCUCUCUCCUCUCCGCCUCCACCGAGAUCGUCUGCCGCCUCGGCUGCGCGCACCUGCUGGUCGGCCGCUCGCACGGCUGCGACGACCCUCCGCUCGCGACGGCGCUGCCGGUGGUGACUGCGCCGCGCGUCGACCCAAACGCGCCGUCGCUGCAGCUGGACGAGGCGGUCCGCGCGCAGGCGGCGGCUGGCGGCCCAAUCUACCAGAUUCGCUCCGAGCUUGUGCGCAGCCUCCGGCCGGACGUCAUCGUCACGCAGGAGCAGCUCUUCUCUUCACUUCUCUUCCCUUCUCGCCUCCAAUGCCGCAUCUGCGCCGUCACUCCGGAGGACGUUGACGCGGCCUGUGUGGCUCUGCCCUCCACGGCACUCGUCACCAUCAUGCCGGUCACGCUCGACGACGUGCUCGGCGACGUUGUGACCAUCGCAGCCGCCCUCGGUGCUCCUGAGCGCGGCCGGCGGCUGGUGGCGCACAUGCGCGCGCGGCUCGGUGCCAUCGCGCCGCUCGUGCCCGCCGGCGCGCCCGCGCCUCGCGCGCACCUCGAGUGGCUCGCGCCGCUGAUGGGCAGCGGCUACUGGAUCGCCGAGUGCGUGCAGGCGGCCGGCUGCUCGAUGGUGCACGGCACCAAGGGAGGCCACUCGAGGGUCAUCGAGCGCGCGUCGAUGCUGGCGGACGCCGACCUGAUCCUCCUCGCACCGUGCGGCUUCAGCCUCGAGCGCACGCGCGCCGAGCUCUCCUCGCUCCAACUGCUGCAGUCGGACGAGUGGCGCGCGCUGCCGGCGGUGAGGAGCGGAGCCGUGGCGGUGGCCGACGGCAACCUGUACUUCAACCGCUCGUCGUGCGGCGUCGUCGAGGCGGCGGAGAUUGUGGCGGAGGCGGCGCACCCCGAGCUGCGAGGCCUCUUUGGCCACCACGGCAGGCAUUGGGUGAGCCUCUCGGAGCUCGACGCCUUCUGCGACCGCGACGGCGCCGCGUCGCCCACCAAGCCCGUGGCGCUGGCCUCCGGCGUUGCGGCGGCUGCGGUGGAGAACGGCGGCGGCGCGGCCAAGCUGCGCGGCACGGACACCGCGACGCCGUCGGCACACGUCGACGCCCAGCUCGAGGCGCUGAGCGACGGCGACUUCGCCAGCGCCUUCGCCCUCAACUCGGCCGCCAAUCGCGCGCGGCUGAGCGGCGCCGCCAACUUUGAGGCCAUCGUCAAGGGCUCGCCGAGCUUCAGCGUUCUGCUGCACUCUUCGACGGUUUGUGUCGUGCAGUGCGAAGACGGCGAGGGCAGCGCGGCCGCCGCGGCCGUGCGCGUGCAGGCGACGGCGGCGGCUGACACCGCCGCCGCUGCGAACAUCGCGGAUGAGGUCCGUUUCGUCUUCGACCUGAGCCGCAGCGGCGCCGGCAGGUGGGAGACCGACGGCGUGCGUAUAGAGUGCUGA